UUCAUUUAUAGAAGCAAGAAGCAGUUUCCUCUCGCAAGCCUUCGCUGCAACUUCAAACAUGUUCGUUCGUCUGACGUCACUCAGCCUGACGCUACCGAUUGUGCUGCUUGCCGCACUGCUGACCGUGACAGGUCAAUGCUCGCCGCUCGGGACCGUGGACUGGCGAUACCCUGACCCCGCGGUGCAGGCAUCGCUGCCGUGUUCGACGAGCGGAAUUUUCGCACAUCCGGUUUUCUGUAACUGGUUUUACAGAUGUUUUGAUUUGCAUGGACACGGCCACUUCAACAAGGUAUAUUUUAUGUGCAACCCGGGAUCAGAGUUCAAUCAGACUUCAGAAGCGUGCGUACCUCACGGCCAAAGAACUUCAUGUAUCUACUACAAUUCUCGAUUGUGGCCACAAUUUAACAUAUCUCAGUCUACGGGAUUUUCUCCUGCUCUUCCAGUAUCCACACUUCCAUCUACAGGAACUGAAACUGGUCCUGGUAGUCAGAUAGCUUCUCACGACGAAGGAUAUCAGGACCAGUGCUAUAUAUCGGAGAACUCGUGUCAAACGAAACUUAUUUGUCCACCAGUCAGUGAACCGCGCAUCCACCAGGCGUUCGUCACCAAGGCAUGUCUGGGCGCCUCCCGAACUUGCAGCGGCAUCACGUCGCCCGCUUGUCCCGUCGGCUCGUUUUGGGAUGGCGUCGAGUUGGCCUGCUUGCCUAUGUCGUACCUAUGCGACGACCCAACGCCUCCUCCGCCGCUGCCAGACGCGUCACAAGUCCAAAUCGAGUGUGAGGCGCGUCUGGCAGGGACGCCUCAGGAGUGUCAUGACGCCAUAACGUGUCCUUUGGAGGGAGGUGCUUUAGUCCUCGCACGGAGCUGUAGAGCGCCGAGAAGGGCUUGCCAGAUCAGAAAUGAUGCUGGAACUCGGCGCGAUGUGACAAUGUGCCCGUUUUAUGAUAUGCUGGCUCAACGAUGCCAGUAUUCACCCAUUGAAAGCCUGUCUGGAUGCCAGAAGUACAAUGGUAACUUGCGGCUCUCCGUGUCCCACUGCUCGCAUGUCAAGAAGAUUUGUCGAGUUUACACCUCAUGCGAGACUGGCUUGAAGUUCGUCGGGUGCAGCCACUACUAUUACUGCGAGAGCGCACUGUACCGCUUCAACCAGGCAUUUCAACGACAGUACUGCAGACAUUUCAAUGUUCCAUACGCGGAGACCCCUGACGUUCAAACUUGCCUGCCGUACCAAGUAGACCCAUCACAGCUUGGCUCAGGAUACGAGUUGGAGCAAACCACUUGCAUAUCUACUGGUAAGAGUGCAAUGGUCAGAACCGAGACGGACUUGUCCCAUCCUCAAAAUGUUCCAAUUUCUUCACCGGACCAAAACAUUAACCAAACGUCUAUCAACGACCUAAACUUCUAUUACCCAUUCCCAAACCUAACAGAAGUCUUUAACACAGAUGCUCAGAACAACGACCACAUUACCUUGCUCGCGGACCAUCAAGUUUUUCAGCAGCCUAUAUUUAGCUCUAAUUUCGAUUAUCACACUCAAUCGGCUGGACUCCCUUCAAUGUCAGACAGGAGUAGGUCACAAGUAUCGGGCAUGUCUUUUCCUGAUACAAAACAUCGUCCAGGAAACGAACAUUUCAAGCCUGAACGCAACGUUACCAGUCCGCAGUUCAUUUUGUAUCCGCCAGAUUCUGCCGUCAGAAACGAAACUUCACCUAAAAUAAAAUGUCGCACUGCAGGUGAAAUCCUCACUCCCAAGGACGAAGAAAGGCUGCAGUGCAGAAAUAGACAUAUUUGUGACGCUGCCGGCAACCUGUUGAUCACCGUGUUGGGGUGCCAGACGUACGUUGAGUGCGUGGACAAGGCGGGAAGGUUGAUGGCUCACAACAGGACGUGCGACCAGGGCCUGUUUUACGUGCUUCAAGAGGCGCGAUGUCUGGGGGCUCAUCACUAUGGUGGAGUGCCGUGCGAUGACAGUGCCUCCCCAGUGCCAUCAGGGUGCCAGCACGAGGCUCAAGUUGUGCCGCUACCGCCGCCCCUGAGGGCGCUCUACUGCGUUACACCUCCGCCCUGCCCUGGUGCUCCAGCCAUUAAGCAGAACGAGUCACCGGUGCUAUGCUCCUCGUAUCACCGAUGCCAGCGCAGCAACUCACAGCAGACCGAGCUCUCUUUGGUGCUUGAGUCUUGCCCUCCACCGACGAUGUUUAGUGAACUGAUCGGCGAGUGCGUUAAUCCCUUCAACUCUAUUGACCUCAUCUGCCAGUGAAUUAUGCAUUCAUAUGUUUGAUCCGUAACAUUAAAAAUUUGCUGUGGGAAGUUGCACAAUUCGUGGCCUUUUAAAUUUGCUGUUGGAAGUUGUAUGAUUCAUAGUUUUUAGAAAUGUGCAAUGGGAAAUUGUAUGAUUCGUAGUCUUUAGAAGUGUGCAGUGGGAAAUCGUAUGAUUGGUAGAAUUAAAAAUGUGGUGUGGGAAGUUGCAGAAUUCGUGGCCUUUUAAUUUUGCUGUGCGAAGUUGUAUGAUUCGUGGUCUUUAGAAGUGUGCAGUGGGAAAUCGUAUGAUUCGUAGACUUAGAAAUGUGCUCUGGGAAUUUGUGGGAUUUGUAGCCUCAUUAGUGUGAUUUCGAAAGUUUUGUUGUUAUAUAGGUUUGGAUAAUAUUUGGCAGGGUGGCCCAGUGGUUACAGUUCAGAGUACCAGGAUUAUAGCA